AUGCAACCCCCGCGUGACCUGCGAGGCCUCUGGCUCCUGCUGCUCUCCUUGUUCCUGCUCCUCUUUGAGGUGGCCAGGGCUGGCCGAUCUGUGGUUAGCUGUCCCGCCAACUGCCUGUGCGCCAGCAACAUCCUCAGCUGCUCCAAGCAGCAGCUGCCCAGUGUGCCCCAAUCUUUGCCCAGCUACACAGCACUUCUGGACCUCAGCCAUAACAACUUGAGCCGGCUACGGGCCGAGUGGACCCCCACCCGUCUGAUCAACCUGCACUCCCUGCUGCUGAGCCACAACCACCUGAACUUCAUCUCCUCUGAGGCCUUUGUCCCAGUACCCAACCUGCGGUACCUGGACCUCUCCUCCAACCAUCUUCACACACUGGAUGAGUUCCUGUUCAGCGAUCUGCAUGCACUGGAAGUGCUGUUGCUCUACAAUAACCGCAUUAUGGCGGUGGACCGGUAUGCCUUCGAGGACAUGGCCCAGCUGCAGAAACUCUACUUGAGCCAGAAUCAGAUCUCUCGCUUCCCUCUGGAACUGAUCAAGGAUGGAAACAAAUUACCCAAACUAAUGCUCUUGGAUCUGUCUUCCAACAAGCUGAAGAAGUUGCCAUUCACUGACCUGCAGAAAUUGCCAGCAUGGGUCAAGAAUGGCCUUUACCUGCACAACAACCCCCUGGAAUGUGACUGCAAGCUCUACCAGCUCUUUUCACACUGGCAGUACCGGCAGCUGAGUUCUGUGAUGGACUUCCAGGAGGAUCUAUACUGCAUGCAUUUCAAGAAGCCGCACAAUGUCUUCAAUCUGGAUUUCUUCAAUUGCAGCGAGUACAAGGAAAGUGCCUGGGAGGCUCACCUGGGAGACACCUUGACCAUCACAUGUGAUACCAAACAGCAAGGGAUGACCAAAGUGUGGGUGACACCAAGCAAUGAACAGGUGCUAAAUCAGGGGGCCAAUGGCACAGUGACUGUGUCCGAGGAUGGCAGUCUUCGUUUUGAAAAGGUGCAGGUCGAGGAUGGGGGUGUGUAUACCUGCUAUGCCAUGGGGGAGACUUUCAAUGAGACACUGUCUGUGGAGUUGAAAGUGUACAACUUCACCUUGCACGGACACCAUGAUACCCUCAACACAGCCUAUACCACCCUGGUGGGCUGUAUCCUCAGUGUGGUUCUGGUCCUCAUAUACUUGUACCUCACCCCUUGCCGCUGUUGGUGCCGGGGUGUAGAGAAACCUUCCAGCCAUCAAGGGGAUAGCCUCAGUUCUUCUAUGCUCAGUACCACACCCAACCACGAUCCUAUGGCUGGUGGGGACAAAGAUGAUGGUUUUGACCGGCGGGGGGCCUUCCUGGAACCUGCUGGACCUGGGCAGGGUCAAAAUGGCAAACUCAAGCCAGGCAACACUCUGCCAGUGCCCGAGGCAACAGGCAAGGGCCAACGGAGGAUGUCAGAUCCUGAGUCGGUCAGCUCGGUCUUCUCUGAUACGCCCAUUGUGGUGUGA